CGUCUGUGAGAACAUCUUAAUAACGUGUCGCACAUGGAAAUCAGCAUUGUUUCGACAGACAGCAAGCACGUUUGAAGACGAAGUCGAAGAAUAAUCGAGAAGAGUGUCCUCUCGGUGUCUUAAAUCUUUACGAAUUUCGUUUCGUAAAUUUCCUAAACAAACGAGAAUGGCGUCCAUCGGUUUACUGAAUCCAAAUGCCGAGCACGCGCGAGCGAGCCAAGCAUUAGGGGUGAACAUCUCCGCCGCCAAGGGAAUUCAGGAUAUAAUGAAGACCAAUUUGGGACCCAAGGGAACCACGAAGAUGUUAGUGUCUGGAGCUGGAGACAUAAAGAUUACCAAGGAUGGUAAUGUGCUCCUUCAUGAGAUGCAAAUUCAACAUCCCACAGCAUCCUUAAUAGCAAGAGCAUCCACUGCUCAAGAUGACAUGACUGGCGACGGUACAACCAGCACUGUGUUGGUAAUCGGUGAACUCUUGAAGCAAGCUGAUCUGUACAUAGGUGAGGGAUUGCAUCCCAGGGUGCUCACGGAAGGCUUCGACCUGGCUCGUGCUAAAGUGUUGGAAGUGCUGGAGUCAUUAAAAAUUCCGAUCGAUCCCACGAAGCAAGUCCUGCUGGUUGUAGCAAGAACCUCGCUCAGAACGAAACUUCAUCCUACCGUUGCUGACAAGUUGACUGAGAUCUGCGUAGAUGCAGUACUGGCUAUUAAACAACAGGAUAAGGAGAUAGAUUUGCACAUGGUCGAAUUAAUGGAAAUGCAGCAUAGGACAGCGAUCGACACCACUCUGAUUCGUGGUAUAGUCACGGAUCAUGGAGCCAGGCAUCCAGAUAUGCCGAAAAGAUUGGAGAACGCAUACAUCUUGACCUGUAAUGUGAGUCUGGAGUACGAAAAAAGUGAGGUGAACAGUGGAUUCUUUUAUAAAUCGGCAGAAGAGCGCGAAAAAUUGGUAGCUGCUGAACGCGUAUUUAUCGACAAUCGCGUAAAAAAGAUUAUCGAACUGAAGAAAAAGUUGUGUGAUGGAACGAAUAAAUCGUUCGUCGUAAUAAAUCAGAAAGGAAUCGAUCCCCAGUCUCUCGACAUGCUUGCGAAAGAAAAUAUUAUUGCUUUGCGCAGAGCCAAGCGUAGGAACAUGGAACGUUUAGCGCUUGCGUGUGGUGGCAUAGCCAUGAAUUCUGUCGAUGAUUUAAAAGAGGAAUAUUUGGGAUGGGCUGGUGUUGUAUAUGAACACAUUUUAGGGGAAACCAAGUAUACUUUUAUAGAAGAGUGCAAAAAACCGAACUCCGUUACUAUUUUGUUGAAGGGUCCAAAUAAGUAUACAUUGGAGCAACUGAAAGAUGCUGUGCGUGAUGGACUGAGGGCAAUAAAAAAUGCUAUCGAUGACCGUGCGGUUAUUCCUGGAGCUGGAGCGUUUGAAGUUGCAGCUAGCCAAGCCCUCCAACGGUACAAGGAACAGGUGAAAGGAAAGCAACGUUUGGGAGUGCAAGCCUAUGCAGAGGCAUUACUGGUCAUUCCGAAAAUUCUCGCUGUCAAUAGUGGAUUCGAUGCACAAGACAUAAUCGUUAAGUUAUUGGAGGAGAGUACCGUUUUGGGGGAAGCAGUAGGACUUGACUUAUCCACAGGAGAAGCUCUGAAGCCUGUAGAUGCUGGCAUUUACGAUAAUUAUAACGUAAAAAAACAAAUUAUUAAUUCCUGUACUAUCAUCGCCAGUAAUCUCCUCUUGGUUGACGAAAUAAUGAGAGCAGGAUUAUCUUCACUAAAGGGUUAAUUUACAUUGUGGCUCUUCUGUGAAAUUACAAGCUGAAUCUAUUAACAAUGUUUCUCACGAAAUUUUAAUUAAAUUAUGUAUUACACUCUUCA